GCCCGCAUCGUCGUUGGUCCAGCCACACGGAAGGAUCUCAGCGACGUCAUGGAGAUCGAGGCGAGCGCCCAGCAGGAGGCCGACGGCAAGAUCUGGUACCUCUUGAGCCCGGACCUCGACGUCUAUCCAGUGCUGGUGGACGCCCCGGACCUGCGCGGCUACGAGCUUCUGGACAACGACGGGAGCGUGCUGCUGAGGUCUGGGCUCCGCCGGGGCGGGAGACCGGUGCACGGCUCCGACUGGGUGCCCACCGCGCUGGAGCUGGUGGACGCGAUGGAGGCGGUGGCCCCGCAGGUCCAGCCCGAGCGCAGGAUGUCCAAGAAGGGUCCGCUUCUUCCGACGGGGGCAGCAGCGCAGACACCUACGGACUUGGUGAAUAUAGUGACUGGGAGUGAGCGGCUCCCGGAGGUGAAGCCACUGCGCUGGUACGUCACGGCGGGGCCCAACAAGUCCGAGAUCGACGGCCUCUUCCCCCACUCCGUGGUAGACGAGUUCGCGCGCUCGGAUGACAUGGCCAUCGCUGUGGUCGGCACCGGCGUGUACACCCUCAGGGCCCUCGACCCGAAGGAGGGCGUCGUGCAGGUCAUCCGAGACGACCGCCUGCUGGCCAUGGCAAAGGACAGCAGCGGGAUCCGCAAGAAGCUGUUCAGGGACGCCGUGCUGGAGGUCACGGAGAGCCCGUGGCCGGGGUGGCCGCUCUUGGGGCCGCGCACAGCGGCCUGGUGCGUCCGCUUCAUCGCGGAGCAGGACAGCCACCCCCGGGCCCGCCACACCAAGUGGUUGCACGAGACGGGGCUCACACAGUCGGACCCGGGGGUGGCUGAUCAUGAAGUCGCCAUGCGGGCCUUCGAGUUCGGUCUCGUGUAUGAUCAGGUGAACGUGGGAGAGCUCGCGAGCUUCGAGCUUCUGGCCCGGCGGGCGCAGAUGGCGGAGUGGCGAUACCGCGACCGCCUGGCGCCCCGCCGGGCCGAUGAGACGGCGGAGGACGAGCACCUCUACAUGGGCACGGGGGAGACGAGGGGCCUCAUCAUGAUGGCCCCAUUCUUGGUGGAGCACAUCUCGACGGAGCUGCACCGGGAGAGCCAGGUGAUGAAGGAGAAGAGGAAGUUGAGGGAGGAGCGCCAGCUCGCGAAGGGCACUGGCGCCGACGGCGACACGAAGGAGAGCCUUCGCAAGAAGGAGACCCCGCAGGCGGCCGCGAUACCGGCGGCCGCGGCGCCAAGUGACAACGCCAUGCCUGCGCCUCGGGAGCUGCUACCUGUGCCGCUCCCGCAGGCGCCCUUCGACAGCAGCGGGCAUCCCAGCUCGUGCUGUCGUACCGUGCGGUCUCGUCUACUCCGCCACCGGCACGUCGACGGGUGGAGCAUGGAGGUGCAUCAGGCGCUGAACUGUCUCCACGGACGAGGGGACGCUGAUCCUGGAUGCCCGCCCACUCUAGGGCAAAGUUUUGGUUCUGACCACGUGCGAGCUGCUGUUCAAAGUAUCGGGGCUCCUACUAUUACCGGCGCGGCAGCCUUCAAGGAGCUGUGCGCCAGCAAGCCCGGCUACACAUCGACGCCGGUGAAGCCAGCCGCCUUCCAGCGCGACCUCGUCGCGCUGCCCUCGCCCGGCGCCAAGUGCGAUGGCGCCAGCAUCUUGCAGGGCGAGGCGCUCGACCUUUGGGAGGAGCGGCAGCAACGGUUGUUGCGGAAGAGCCCAGAUGUCUCCGCCGUGAAGCCGCAUUGCGACGCGAAGCUGAUGCAGAGCAAGUCCAGCUACGCCCACUUCGUGGCUGACUUGUACGACGCCGGGCUGGUGAAGUUCGGCUCAUUACGUGAAUCUACUCUUGGAAUUUUCUUCGUUCCCAAGUAUGAUGGGAAGUUGCGGCUUAUUUUUGACACGCGUCGGGUCAACCAGCUCUUCGAGCCUCCUGCGCACACGGCGCUGCCUACGGCUGGCUGCUGGAAGGGGUUGCUCUUGGAGCCCAAUGACGAGCUGUGCCUCUCGCAAGUUGACGUGGAGGCUUGCUUCUACCGCAUGCGUGCACCUCCCGGGAUGGAGGAGGUUUUCGUCUUGCCCCCGCUGGACUGCGGUGCCCUUCGCCGACUUCGGCCAGACAUCGCCAUCGGCGGGGACGUGACAUGCUCUCCCUUGCUCAUCGUUCUGCCUAUGGGUUGGAACUGGUCACUGUUUUUUUGCCAAGAGAUGGUCACACAGUGCGUGCAGCGUGCUGGUUACCCGCCGUCCCGUAUUAUUGAAGACAAGCGGGCGACUCCAUCCCUGGUCGGCCAGACCGCUGCCGCGGUGUAUGUCGACGGAGUCGCAGUGAUUGGCACGCAGAGCGCGCAGACCGUGCAGGACUGUCGUACCAUUGCCGAAUCCCUCCUCGCAGUGGGCCUGGUCACCAAGGACAUGGAGCUGCCACAGGACGAGCAGCCGUUCACCGGGCUCAUCUUCGAGAAGGGGUCCGGGCGGAUCUCCCUCUCGCGCAGCCGGAUCUGGAGGAUCCGACGGGCUUUCCAGUAUGCCGCCGAGGCCGACAAGCUUACUGGCGUGCAGAUGCGCAUGCUCCUGGGGCACUACACCUGGGCAGCCAUGCUGAGGAGGCCGCUGCUGUCCGUCUUCGCCGCCUGCUACUCCUUCGCGGAGAAGGCCGGGGACAUGGCGUGGCGGCCUUGGGCUACUGUACGUCACGAGCUCAGGCUGGGCGCGGCACUGGUGGCGAUGGCCUUUGUAGAUUUGCGUCGGCCGGUCGCCGCCACUGCGCUGGCUACCGAUGCUUCUGGCGGCGCACGGCAGGGCCGCAGCAUGGGCCCAGACUUGGCGCCGCCAGGGCUCGAGUCGGCCGCCGCUGGCGACCACGGGGGCUUCGGCGUGGUCAGCCGCGAAGUCCCUCGCUGCGCCGUGGCCGCCGCUCUUCAGCUCAGCGAGAAGUGGAGAUUCAAGACGCUCGACUUUCUAGGGGCUCGGGCAUCAGCGCUCGGCCUCAAGGAUGAUCCUCACGACGCUGCUGCGCAGAAUCAUCCUCCUCCUGUGAAGCAUCAUCACGUACCGCCAUCUGGGAUGGGAGCGUAUGUCAACGAGCCUUCAUCAUCGACGUUGCCACCACAUCGCUACGUCAUCACUUGGGAGGAGGAGCAGAAGUUUUUCGAGAUCGGUAAGAGUAUAUUGGGUUCUCAAGAAGACUGGAAGGUUUGUUUCUAUGGACGGUUCAACAGGGCCGCCGACAUCGUUAUCCUGGAGGGGGAGGCUCUGGUCAUGGGGGUCCGCCACUUCGUUCGCAACACUGCCAACCAUGGACGUCGCCUGCUGCUGCUAUGCGAUAACAUGGGGCUGGUGCUCGCAUCAGGGAAGGGGAGAUCUUCGGUGCCGUCGCUCAACCUCGUGCUUCGUCGGCUCGCUGCGAUCUCCAUCUUCGCCAAUAUCGAUAUCACAGUACGGUGGAUCCCUUCAGAGUUGAAUCCAGCAGACGCCCCGUCGAGACUCCCAGCAGCCAGGGCUCAGGACGCCCGCCUCGACCUCCGCUCUUUCGGAGGCCGCCCUGCACCAGAGCCCGACGAUGGCUCGCUAUGGCGAGCCGCUGCGGAGGCGCUCGCCGCAGAAGGGCGCCCGCGGCGGCGCGACCCAGGCCUUGCCGGCCUCGGCGACGCCGCGGCGCCCGCGGCACUGGCCGGGGGCUUCGGGCUCCACCGGGGGGGCAUCGGCAUGCAGCCGAGCGACUCCUCGGACAGCGACUCGGAGUCGGAGCCCACGGCCAGCUCGAGCGACUCCAGCCCCAGCGGAGAAAGCUACAGCGAGGAGGGCGAGCCGACCGGGACAGCGCUCACGUACCUGCAGGCGCGCAAGAUCAGGGCCUCGCCCAACGUGCACUUCGUGACCUCGUACCGGAACUUCGACAACUGGUGCCAGACGCAUGCCGUGCCCGUUCAGACCGCCAGCGAGAUCGACAAGGCCAUCAGCGAGUACAUGGACGUGCUCUACUUCGACGGGAUGCCGUCGGACGUCGCGUCGAAGACGAUCGCGGCCGUCCGGCACUUCCGCCCCGCGGCGGUGGGCGAGGCCGAGCUGGCGGCCAGCAGGGCCGCUCUGAAGGGCUUCCGCCUGCUCGCCCCGGCCCGCGCGCGCCAGCCGCUGGUCCGCGAGGCGGUCUUCUGCCUGAUAGGGUUGGCGAUGCUGGACGGCGAGUCGGAGUUCGCAGAGGCCCUCAGCUUGGCGUGGGACACCGCCCUCCGCUUACCCAGCGACCUGAUGCAGUUGCGAAGCCCGUCCCUCGUGCCGCCGCAGCCCCGCAUGGAGAUCUACGCGUGGAGCCUGCUGCUGUACCCAGAGGAGACCGGCCUUCGCAGCAAAGGGAAGCAGUUCGACGAGGGGGUCCAGCUCACGCCAGCAGGCUCCAAGGCGCUCGGCACUGCCCUAACGCGCCUACGGGAACGCCCAGCCCGGGCGCCCCUGUGGGACCUCGACGCCAGGCGCUUCGGCCAGCUCUUCAAGAAGUAUGCGGAGAUGAUCAACCUCAGGGACCCGCACCCAUACCGGGUGCGACACGGCUCGGCGAGCUGGGACAUCGCCAGCGGGGCGCGGAGCCUCGAGGCUGUGCAGGCCCGUCUUCGGCACACCAGCGCGACCAGCACCCAGCGGUACAGCCGAGCCGCUCCGUACACCGCGGAGCUGGAGCUGGCGCCAGAGUCGGUCAAGGCCUUCGGCGCCGCGGUCGCAGACCAGUGGGCCUUGACGCUCCAAGGCCGAGGCCGCCUGCCGCCCCGCCCGCGGCGCCCCGACAAGCCGUGGUGA